AUGGCUGGUGCAUGUCAGGCCUUCCUCAACAAUGAUAGUAACUACGAUUUGGAUACUUCAUGUGAAUUGCUUCAGUGGUCGAGUAAUGCAGCCCCGCAGUGGACUGUCCUUGAUGGGGCUGCCUUGCGUACCUACUUCGAUCCGACGAGCCCACCGUCCUCCGCCAGAGUAUCAAGAGUUUUCUUCGUCACUCUCGAAGACUGCAAAGAUGCCAGCUACGGCUGUAGGCUAUCACUCGGCAAACAGUCUGCAGGGCAGUUACUCGAGCUCUUCAACGUCAACCCGCAUUUCUGCCAAUCUAUGUUUGGUAAGCCCGAUCACUGGGCCCCACUGGAUCAUCGCUACACCAACGAUGCAGCUCACGAAAUCUUGGAAUUUGUAUCCCAGUACCAGCGCUGA